UUAAUUAUUAUUGAGUUUAUGAGGUUGUAUGAAAAAUGGUAGCAAAAUAUAUCUUGAUAUUGUUAUAUUAAGAAACUAGAUGGACACAUGCAUAUUUCAGGAACAACAUAUUGUUUUAUUCUUGUGUUAUUAUCGGGUCGUUACUUUCUAAUUGACUGAAUUUAAACGCAGUAGAAUAUGACAAUCAAUGAAAGUAUUUCUUUUAUAGUAAUACAUAUAUAUAUAUAUAUAUAUAUAUUUAAAAACUAUUACUGAUUACAUCAAAACAAGAAAAAAGUAAAUUCAUUUACUAGUAAAUAUAUCUGAAAACAACUUGCACAUGCAAACUUAUACCUCAUAAACGGAAUAAUAUAAUCACCCAAUCAGAAAAAAAUAAAAUUAAAGACAUGUUAACUAUUACAGAAGAUUAUUUCCUUCUUUUCUGUCACCAGCUUAUAAAGAUGGUUCACAAUCCCUAUAUAAACAAACAUUAACAAUAGACAUUAACAACAUCCACGAUUAACAAACAAGUUUCAUCGAAUCUUAUAAUCAUCUCUUCAAACAAAAAAAGAAAGAGAAUGGAAAGCAAAAGAGUGACCAUGAUGUUCAUUACACUAAUGAUAGUGAUGAUAAUGGGGAACUUUGUGGUUCAGGCAGAAGCUCAAGCGCAAGCUUAUCCUUUUAGAAGCUGUUUCCCAGGUUGUAUUGUGAGUUGUGCCAUUGAGAAGAAGUUUCCAACUGGUUUGAUGUGUCCAUUCACUUGUUUCAUGACUUGUCUUCCUCCUCCAACAUCAAAUACUCCUUCUCCUACGUCACAAAUGAUUUUGGCAAACGAAAUCGAUCAUACUGAUUAUUUCUGUAAACUUGGUUGCGCUACUCAUCAUUGUCUUGCUCUUUCUUCUCUCCAAAAUCCUAAUGUAGACAAAGUUGUGGACUGUGUGGAUUCAUGCUCAAACAGGUGCUCCGACAAGAACUAGAAGAGACUUUAUUAAAUGUUCCUCUUAAGAUAAAAAUUCAAUGUCUAAAUAUCAAAAUAUAUGAGUUCGUGUAGUUUGUAUAACUACAAUAUUCAAUCCAAAUAAAUAUGUAUUUCCACAUUGAAAUUAUUUGUGUUACAAGCAAAUCAAUAGAUGAAAAUACUGAAGAAGUGAUAAAAAGAGAGGAUGUUUGAAAUUAUUGUGCCAAUUUAUAUAAUUGUAAUAUAUAUGAAUACCUGGUCUGGUUACUUUCCUCUACUGUAUGCAGAAGAAUCUAUCGACAAGAAUAACAAUAUAUCCCUACCAAGUUUGGUGCCUCCUUAGAAAGUCAGUUCUCAUUAAAAAAAAUUAGUGACCCUAAAUUCUUAAUAAAUAUAUUAAUGUAUAAAGUACAAGCCUAUUUGGUUUAAGGACCAAGUCUGUGUAUUUUUUAACACAACCAAGUCUGAUUAUAGAUGAUACAAUUUUUGAUAGACACUCAAGAUAUAUGACACUGAGCUCUCUUCAUUCCAAUAAUGGUGGAGCGUGUGUGUAAUAUAUGUUAGAUUUCUUUGUUUUUCUUUUCAUAUAGAGCAUGUACUCAUCUACGUAAAUCUCAGAUCCUGAUUACAAAUGGUAACUUGAAGUGGAAACUGCAGUGUUGGCUCUUAUAUAGGAUCUAAUAAUUUGCAUUCCAGUCACUUUCUACAACUUUGAUGCAAUUUAUACAGCAGUUGCCAAUAUGACAAUUACAUUUAACAAACAUUAAUUGAUUUUAUUUCAAAUGGAUAAUAUCUAUUAUAUAAAUAUAAUUUAUAGUAUAAGUAUCUCAAGAGGAGAUUUUGCUUUAUAUGAUAUUUUUCUUUUCUUUUGUUACAAGCAAAUAAGUGAGUAAAACUCUGAACCCAAAAGUAUAUAGUAUAAGUAUCUCAAGAGGAUAUUUUGUUUUUUAUGAUGUUUUUCUUUUCUUUUGUUACAAGCAAAUAAGUGAGUAAAACUGUGAAGCCAAAAGUAUAUUCAGUUGUAAAAUAAUCAAUAGUUAUCUAUGAGUAGUUGUAUCAAUCACAUAACUUUCUUUUGGUUCAAUAUAAGCAAAUAAGUUUUUUUUGCUAAAAACUUAAGCAAAUAAAUUAUAACAGCAGUAUACUAAAAUUUUAAGAACAUGUGAUGAUUUUUACAUUUAAACUUGAAUAUAGAUACAUAUAUCUCCAGCAGAAGUGACAAGUUUUAAUUUAAAAUAUAUAUGGCAUAAUAUGGUAUGCAUGCACGUAAAUCAUUAUUUAUUUUAUGAGAGAUUGUAUGGAAUAUAUAUAACAAAGUAUAAUAUAUCUUACACAUAUGUUAAGUAAAAAUCAGACGGUUACUAAUGUAAAUGACUGAAUUAAAAUUUAAUAAAAUACAUGACCAUCAACAAAAAGUAUAUUUUUCAUACACAUUACCACAUGUUUUUUUUAAACACUAUUAUACAGAUGCAUGAGACAUCAAAACAAGAAAAAAGAUUCAUGUCUUUAAGUAGACAUUUAUCUAAAACAGUUUGCACAUAUUUAUGUUAAUGAAUUUAGGUCACAAACGGAGAAUAAUAUAAUCACCAAAUGGGAAAAAAUCAAACAAUAAGUAUAAUACAUACAUUUCAAACACUAUUACACAGAUUCAUGAUACAUCAAAACAAGAAAAAAGUAGAUUCAUGUAUUUAAGUAGAUAUAUCUGAAAAUAGCUUGCACAUAUUUUGGUUAAUGCAAACUUUUACCUCACAAACAGAAUAAUAUAAUCCCAAAAUCGAAAAAAUAAAAUAAAAGAUAGUAUAAGCCACCCCGUACACCUACAUAACGUUCCAAAUCCCUAUAUAAAAAAAACAUUAACA